GCACAGCUCCAGGGUGAUGAGGAGGUUAAGCCAGCCCCUCUCCGUCCUCUCUCGGUUGCAGCCCACCACCAGUCCAGCUGCCUCCAGUAGUCCCAGUGCACGCCGCAGCAGAGCAGCCAUGGACUCAUCCAAACUUUAACUUUCAGCUCGUCCUCUCUCGCUGAGUUCCCCGUGAAAAGCAACUUUGGCAGCCGAGGACGCAUGGGAAUCUAAUUUCGCCCCAAUUUUCGGUCAGUCGGUCAAGUCUGUGGAGGCCAUUGUUCGCUUUGCUCGGUUUGCAUGGUCCACUCAUGCGUCAGGAAUGCCAUGGCCACUCCGAGCGCACAGCAGCAGCACCAGGAUUAUUUCAGAUCGGUGAGCAGCGAGUCCACCACCUACAUGAUGGUCCCAGCCGGCGGGCCGAGCGGGGCCGCGGGGCGCAGAGAAGCGCCGUCCAAGAUGUGGGUGGCGAUGGUGGUGAUCGUGGUGGUGGUGCUGCAGAUUGCGUCCACCACGGGGCUCUUUGUCUACCUGAACAUGUCCAUAUCACAGGUGCGUAGCCAGGGAGUGACGGAGGAGUUAAAGUGCCUGAGUUUACUCAACGCUCUGGACAAGGACCAAGACAUCCCAGACCAGCUGGCCCAGCUCUUUGGAGAACCUUGCAUCAAAUUGGCUGAAGGCAUCAAAGCUUACAUCUCCAAGGUGACAGAGAACAUCAUCUCCAAACAAACUUUCAUUGAGGCCAGAACCAUGCCUCGCUCCUUCAACAAUUCGGGGUCGAAGUUCGUGACCUCGAUGACCCAGAGGCCGUCUGCUCAUUUGACCCUCCGAGACACCAGCUCUCAAGCAGGGUUACCUUCCUACCCGAUCCUGACGCCAGGACUCCACCAGUCCUGUCGCCACGUGGUCCGCUCGUGGGCCAAUCAGAGCUUCGGAGCGCACCUGCACAACAUGACCCUGUCCAAUGGGAAGCUGCGGGUGCCCCAGGAUGGGCGGUACUACCUGUACUCGCAGGUGUAUUUCCGUUAUCCGUCCCCAGCAGCCGUUGACGGGGACCAGCCCAGCGUCAGCCACCAGCUGGUUCAGUGUGUCUACAAGAAAACCUCCUACCCAAGCCCCAUUCAGCUCCUGAAGGGGGUUGGAACCAAGUGCUGGGCCCCGGACGCCGAGUACGCCCUUCACUCCGUCUACCAGGGAGGCCUGUUUGAGCUGAGGGCCGGCGACGAGCUCUUCGUCUCCGUGUCUUCACCCACCAUGGUGAACGCCGACGACUCCUCCAGCUACUUUGGUGCCUUCCGUCUGGAUCUCUGAGAGGAAAGGAUGGGAGAGGAACGAACGCUUGGGAUGAUGGACGGAUAAACAGAUGGGCUGGAGACAUUGAGUUAAGGGCCUUUUAAUAAUCCAUUGAUUGGAGAAUAAAAGGGUCAUUUAGACAGAAGUGUGGGAUGCUGCCCUGUAUCUCGGAUCCUCAAUGUUUGCUCGGACAUGUACAUUGAAGGAUGGAGGGGUUGGGGUUUGAAAGAGUCGCUUGGAGCGAAAGGGAAAAGAACGAGUGGAUUUGUCGUUCCAACUGUCCAUUAAGAGAAACCGAACUGUCGAGAGCAAGAUUAUACAGAGACACAUGUGCAAUCAUGGAAAAUAAAUGUGAGGAUAUUGAUGAUUUAUGGUUGAUUCUUGAGGUGGGAGUUUACUGUUUUGGAUGGCAAAAAAGAAAAAACCAAGAGAAGAAACGCCCCAAAAGAAAUCUGGCUACCCUGCGGUCUGUAUCCCAAAUUGAUCCAUAAAUCUCAACGCAUCUCCUCCAUCAACAGCAGUUUUGUGGGAACCAAUCGGACCCUCAGAUUUCGAUUCCAGACCGAAGAAUGUACACACAAUAAAAAACUUGAUCCUCUACAUCAAAGCUGAGAGGACGGACCAUCGAAGGGCAGCAGAAGAAAAUCAACAAAUGAAACCAAAGUAAGAAUUUGUGGAGUGUAACUUUAAGCGUGUCAUGAGGACUGUGCAUAUGUGUGGGAGAUUUAAACAAUGAACUGUGGUGAUUUUAAAAAAGUAAUUCUUUUGUAUUUUACUUUGACUGGACUUAAAACCACUUGGGGCUGUCUACGGACUUUCUACUCGAGAACUGUGGAUUUUAUGCAAAGACUUUUGGUGUGAGGAUCGGGAUCGCCUCUUUUUUACCGAACACUGUGGAAAGAGCUUUUCGAACAAGAGUCUGCAAACAAAAGGUGGAGGAAGAGGGAGAAGUCUUGUAAAUGCUAACGAGAAUGAGGCUGAGGGUUGUUGAUGUCUUCUCUCGCUUUCACGUUCCAGCAAUUCUUCCUCCUCUCUCCUCGUCAUGUAAACCAUUUUAUCCAUCUCGUCUUUCUCGUCUAACCUGUGAAGCCGCAUUGCGUUUUAUUUUAAGGGUCAGCUUUGACAACAAACACUCACGCAAACAUGCUCAUUGCACAUUCACAAGCACACGUGAACUUUUGAAGGUUAGCUGCGGUCACGUGGGACCACACUUUUACACAAAACAAACAUCUUCUAUUCUGUCCACGCUAACUGUGCUAAAUUCAGAUUGAGUCUUAAAUCGAUGCUAUCCGCGCUGCAGCUGCUCAUGCUAAACAGAUGAAUACAGAAGACGACGACACACGCCGUACACAAACACACAUGCAAACAUUUUGAAGCGAUUCAGACACUUACAUGGCCGAAACUCACCCAUGUGCUGCAAAUUUAGAACAAAAAGUUUCUCAGCCAAGGUUUUUUUUUCAGGAAAGCAUGUAGUAGGCUUUCAUUAAGAAAGAUGUGGAAGGACCUGGAGAGGAUAUUCAGACAUAAACCAUGCACCGCCGAGCACAAACUCAACCCCUACAUGCUUUUUUUUCCCCCUUCUGCAGAUGCACACAUCACCUCACAGUACAUGGAGGCUAGCCGGAGCUCUGCAGACACACACAUCAUCCGUUGUCAAAUCAAGUGCAAAAACACAAACAGACUGUGACAUACACACUCAUUAAUCCAUGCUGUCUGGCCUCCCUGUGCCAUCUGGUAGUUGUCAGUGUGUGUGUGUGUGUGUGUGCAUUUACAGUAUAUGUUUGUUUAAAGGGCAUGCACAAAUCAGAAAUUCAGGUCAAACAAAGUGACUCACACCUUCUUUUUUCUGUUUGGCGUGAAAGGAAAAAGGAUUAGCACAUCUUUUCUAAAGGUGAAAUCCACGCUAAGCUCCUCCCUCUGGUGCUGUGGUGCUCAUAUUCCUGUCUAUAUACUCUGUAAGCUUUGAAAACACAACAACACAUCCGGUUUAUUUUUCUGCUCCGACCAUGAAAUUGAGGGUAUAUUUCACUUUGUGUUAGAUUGCUGUUUUUGCUGCUUUUUUCUAUAUUUUUCCCCUCACACCUGGUCACGUUUCUGUUGGGCUCUAUCUCAUCGCACACACCAAGCUCGCUCUCCGUCUGAACCCAAGCCUCGGGUCUGUUUGUUGUCCGGGGUAGGGCUUCAACAGUCGCGAUAAUGCAGCGUGUUUUGACAACGCGGCUCCUUGGACCAGCUGGGAAAACAUUUUGGUUGAAUGUGUGUGAGCUGUGUUUGUGCUGGACAGUUCUCGAGCUGUGAACAAGUGUAGCGCGGUGUUGCUGAGACAAUAAACUCAUAUCUGAACUUUCCCUGUGUAUGUGAAGAUUUGCAGCGUAGUGCGGCCGAACGGUGACUUAGUGAGCGAAAAGAGCUGCCUAUAGAAGAGGAAGCAUGUCUGUGAGUCAUUUGAAUGUUUAGAAAAAGUGAAAAUUUGUCCAAACUUGCUUGAAAAGUGUGUCAGGGCCCCUCAAAUGUUUCACAGGAUAAUAACUUGGAAUGUAAAGAAUAAAAACAAGAAAAUCUCUCAGAGAGCA